AGAGAUGCCUCCUAGCAACGCCGCCCGAUCUCAGAGAUGGUGUUGACUAGGGGCCUGACUCCCGGCCUCCGCUCGCUUUCCGUGGUUCACAGGUGACCGACGAUCGUCAUGAACCCAUGGGCUCGCUUCUUCCUAACUCUUCGCGCAACGAGAGCUUCAAUACCGGACAAGCAGCAGUUGGUCUUUAUGCGAAGACGUGCUUGCUGUUGCCCUGCUCCUGAGAGCCUCGAGACUUUGGUUGUCCUUGGAAAUCCAUCUCUUGUAUCGUCCGAAAAGCUAUCUCCUGUGGUCGAUAUUGGUGUGCUGGCAACAUCGACCACACGUAUGUCUUGGGGUUGCGUCCGGCUCAAGCGUACGGUGUGCGAGCGCUGCGGCUACGAGAGGGUUCCGGACUGCUGCUUUGAUGCUGGACCUGGUGUCCUUGUCUGGUUGUCUGAGGCCACAAAGUUAAUUCACUCCUGAUCCCGAGGUUCUGUCGCUUGGUUAGCAUCAUGAUGCGCGACCAUCAUGAUGAUCGCCACGAAAAAGAUUCGCGCUCGGACGCGGACUUGAGCUAUGAUCUCGGCCCGUUGAAAUCGACGCAGCCAAUCAAACGGCGACUAUCUAUACAACCAAGCAAGAGACCAUGAC